AAUUCGCAUGCUUAACGCGUAACUAAAGUCAACUAAUUGCAAACUCACUACACCACCUUCUUCCACACACACAAAAAAAAACCUCAUCAAACCAAACUAAAUCUUAGUAUUCCUCAAAAAAAAAAAACAUCAUCGUCCAACAACGUUGUCACACAUUCAUGGCUUUUCCAACUCAUAACAAAGCUCACUUCUUGUUAUUCAUAACAUUCCUCACAUUUUGCACCUUUUUUUCAUGCUAUAGUUCAAUCACUGAUACCCUUACAUCAUCCAAAUACCUUAAAGACAAUGAAACAAUAACCUCAGACAGCACAAACUUCAUACUAGGAUUUUUCAGUCCAUUAAACUCAACAAACCGUUACCUAGGAAUCUGGUACAUUAAUCAAACAAACACAAUAUGGAUUGGUAACAGAGACCAACCUGUGACAGAUUCAAACGGAAUCGUCGAAAUUCAAAAAGAUGGUAAUCUUGUGAUACUAGACAAACCAAAGGGUAUCAUCAUUUGGUCAACAAAUAUUUCAUCAUCAGCAAAAAGCAUCAAUUCAACAGCUCAACUUAAUGAUGCAGGAAACUUGAUUCUAAGAGAUUUGAGUUCUGGAUUAACGAUUUGGGACAGUUUCACUCACCCUGCAGAUGCUGCUGUUCCAUCCAUGAGAAUUGCGGCGAAUAAAGUAACAGGUGAGAAGAUAUCUUUUGUUGCAAGAAAAAGCGAGAACGAUCCUUCUUCGGGUAGUUUCUCGAUUAGUCUUGAAAGAUUGGAUGCGCCAGAGGUUUUUAUUUGGCAUGAUAAAAAGAUUUAUUGGAGAACCGGUCCUUGGAACGGAAGGAUUUUUCUCGGAUCGCCGAGAAUGUCGACCGAGUAUUUAUUCGGUUGGCUGUUAAAUCCCAACGAUAACGGAACUGCUUAUAUAACUUACAAUUUCGCGGAUAAGAAUAUGUUCGGGAUUCUUUCGUUGACACCACAUGGAACACUUAAGCUGGUUGAGUAUUCGGAUAAAAAGGAAGUUCUUAAUCUUGAGGUUGAUCAAAAUGAAUGUGAUUUUUAUGGAAAAUGUGGGCCAAAUGGGAAUUGCGAUAACUCAACAACGCCAAUUUGUCAUUGUUUUGAGGGGUUUGAGCCAAAGAAUUCGGUGGAAUGGAGUUUAGGAAAUUGGACUGAUGGUUGUGUGAGGCAAGAAGGAUUGAACUUGAAGUGCGAGAUUGUGAAGAAUGGAUCAAGUUUGGUUAAACAAGAUGGAUUUUUGUUGAAACAUAACAUGAAAGUUCCUGAUUUUAAUGACAGAUCACCUGUUACUCAAGAUCAAUGUGGAGCAGAUUGUUUAGCAAACUGUUCUUGUUUGGCAUAUGCAUAUGAUCCAUAUAUAUUUUGUAUGCAUUGGAGUAGAGAGUUGAUUGAUUUGCAAACAUUUCCUUAUGGAGGAGUUGAUCUCUUCAUUCGUGUCCCGGCGGAACUAGUUGCAGUUGCAGUUCCAGUAAACAAAAAGAAAAAAGGGACCAAGAAGGGUUUCUUAAUCAUUGCCAUUGUUGGAGGGAUAGGAGCAUUCACCUUUGCUAUAUGUGCUUAUCUUUUGUGGAGAAAAUGUUCUCCUAGGCAUAAAGGAAGACAUCCUAGAAACUCAAUUGUUAGAGAACAUAAACAAAUGAAGUUGGAUGAGCUACCACUAUAUGAGUUUGAAAAGCUUGAAAUUGCUACAAAAAACUUUCACUUUGGUAACAUGCUUGGAAAAGGAGGUUUUGGGCCUGUAUACAAGGGAGUAAUGGAUGAUGGUCAAGAAAUUGCGGUGAAAAGACUUUCGAAAUCGUCUGGACAAGGAAUUGAAGAGUUCAUGAAUGAAGUCGUAGUGAUUUCUAAACUUCAACAUCGCAAUCUCGUAAGACUUCUUGGUUGUUGUGUUGAAAGGGGUGAGCAAAUGUUGGUUUAUGAGUUCAUGCCAAAUAAGAGUUUGGAUGCAUUUCUCUUUGAUCCACUACAAAAGAAAAACUUAGAUUGGAAAAAGAGGUCAUACAUAAUUGAAGGAAUCGCUAGAGGCAUACUCUAUCUUCAUAGAGACUCAAGACUAAGGAUUAUACAUAGAGAUUUAAAAGCAAGCAACAUCUUACUUGACGGCGACAUGAUUCCAAAAAUAUCAGACUUUGGUUUAGCAAGAAUCGUUAAGGGUGGAGAAGAUGACGAAGCUAACACAAAAAGAGUUGUCGGAACAUAUGGUUAUAUGCCGCCUGAAUAUGCAAUGGAGGGACUCUUCUCUGAGAAAUCAGACGUCUAUAGUUUUGGAGUUUUACUGCUAGAGAUUGUUAGCGGACGAAGAAACAGUAGCUUUUAUCAUAGCGAGGAUUCUCUUAGCCUUGUCGGCUUUGCAUGGAAACUAUGGUUAGAAGAAAACAUUAUAUCUCUAAUAGAUCCAGAGGUAUGGGAUGCAUGUUUUGAGAGCAGCAUGUUGAGGUGCAUACACAUAGGACUUUUAUGUGUGCAAGAAGUUCCAAAAGAAAGACCAAGUAUAUCAACGGUUGUUUUGAUGCUUAUAAGUGAGAUUACACAUCUUCCUCCUCCUGGAAAAGUUGCAUAUGUUCACAAGCAAAAUUCUAGAAGUACAGAAUCUUCUCAAAAAAGUCAUCAAUCUAACUCAAACAAUAAUGUAACUAUGACUGAUGUUCAAGGAAGGUAAAAUAAUGUGCAUGGCUCAAUACUAUGAUUUGGUCAUAGCUUCACUUAGUUUUGUCAAUGAACAAAUUUGUUUCCAAGAGAACUUCUUGUAUUGCCCUCAUUGUUGUGGCUGCUAAAUUGUUCUCAAUCUAGUUACAUUACAUACAUAAUACAUACAUCUUUUGCCUCUUUUUGUAAAA